CUGGCUGUGCUCUGGCUUGAGUUUGUAUUUACACGAUGCUCCACAGAAUCCCGGCAUUUCUACGUCCUCGCCCUUUCUCGGGCCUCCCUUUGUCCUGUGGAAACCGGGACGUCUCGGUGGCUGUGCUACCCGCGGCUCAGUCCGGAGCUGUGAGGACAGAAAAUAAUAUCCAAAGACAUUUUUGCACUAGCAGAUUGAUAUGUAGCAAGAAAGAUGACCAGUCUGUUCCAGCCAAUGAAAUUUCCCAGAAGGCAGCAGAGAGCCAAGGCAGGGGAAAGGAGACUUUGAAAAAAGACCUGCUGGACAUUAUUAAGGACAUGAAAGUUGACCUGAACACAGCAAAUGUGAAAACAGCAAAGCCGCGUGGCAGAAAACCUUCUGCCAGUCUGGAGGCUACCAUUGACAGGCUUCAGAAAGCUCGGGAAGACCCUCCAAAGAAGAGGAAUGAGUUCCUGAGUCCUGAGUUGGUGGCCGCGGCGUCAGCCGUCGCAGAUUUUCUACCUUUCGACAAGCAGACAACCAAGUCAGAGCUGCUCAGGCAGCUGCAGCAACACGAGGAGGAGUCGAGGGCUCAGAAGGACAGAGAGAAGCGCAGGAUCAGCUUCACUCACAUAAUAUCAGAUAUGAAAAUUGCCAAGUCUUCCGUGAGAGCUAGUACAAGGCCACAGCACCAGAUUCAGUUUGACGAAGACAUGGACAGUUCUCUUAACCAGGAGAAGCCAGCUGAUUUCAGAAAAAGGAAAUAUUUAUUCAAGGGGAAAAGACUUUCAGUUUUUGAUGUUAAGGCGUUUGCUGAUGAAGCACCUGAACCAGAAGCAUCACCUUCUCUCUGGGAGAUAGAGUUUGCUAAGCAGUUAGCCUCGAUAACUGACCAGCCCUUUGGGAAUGGAUUUGAGGAGAUGAUACAGUGGACCAAGGAGGGGAAGCUGUGGGAGCUCCCAGUCAACAAUGAAGCAGGUUUAGAUGACGAUGGCUCCGAAUUCCAUGAGCAUAUAUUUUUGGAUAAGUACCUGGAGGAUUUCCCCAAGCAAGGACCAAUCCGUCUGUUCAUGGAGCUGGUGACCUGUGGCCUUUCCAAAAACCCAUAUCUGAGUGUUAAACAGAAGGUCGAGCACAUAGAGUGGUUUAGAAAUUAUUUUAAUGAAAAAAGAGAUAUUCUCAAAGAAAAUAACAUAGCGAUCACUUAACAUCACAAAGAAAAAAAUUUUAUUUAAACUUGAAGAUGUAUAUUAAAGCUAAAUAGAAAUUUUA